AUGUCCAUCUCUGUACGGAUUCGUACACCGAAGAGCAGCACACCGGAGCAGGUGGAACUGAACUCUAGCGGAACUUGGGGCGAGGCUGCCGCCCUGCUGUCCCGGAAAUCGGAGGUAGCACUCGAGCGGCUCCGCGUGCUCGCCGGCUUCCCCCCAAAGGCGGUGGAUCUGGCCGCCGACAGCCCCCUUCGUGCACUCAAGCUACGCGAGAAUGACAUGCUGAUUAUUCAAGAGGGAGAGGCUAAGGUGCAGCUGGGUAACACAGGAGAGCGCUAUGUUCCUCCGGCCCCUGAGCGGGCUCACCUCACGCGCCGCCGGUGCCCAGCAGACAACAGCUGCCUCUUCCACGCCUGCGCCUACGUGCUGCGCGACAAGAGCCGCACCGAGGGGCCCCAGCUCCGGCAGGAGUGCGUAAAGGCCGUGCUCGAUCACCCCGAAAUGUUCAAUGAGAAUACACUGGGCAUGGACCCACUAGCCUACGCCUCGUGGCUCUCGGAGAAGGACACGUGGGGUGGUGCCAUUGAGCUGGAGAUACUGUCCUUUCUGUACAAGACGGAGAUCUUCGCUUUGGACCUGCAGUCCGUCACCUUGCAGCGCUUUGGCACAGGAAUGGGCUACACCGUACGCGCUUUUCUCGUGUACACGGGCAACCACUACGACUGCAUUGCCAUGAACCCAGCGUACAAUUCCUCCUCAGAGCGCGAGGAUCAGACACUGUUCAGCAGCCGAGACGAGAACGUCUUGGCGCGGGCGAAGCGUUUCGUUGCCGAGGAAGGACAGAAGAUGAAGGAGGGUAAGUCCGCAUAG